GUUGUAUUCGCGUGUUUUUGCGAUCCAGAGCUGCAACAACUUUGUCCGCUUUUAAACGCAGUUCUUCUUCUUUUUCUCGCCGACUCUCAGCGCCUGUAAUAUACCCACCAACAAUGAGCCAGAAUAAGGAUAUCGAAGCAUCCAUACCACUCAGCGCGAUGCCACGCGCGUCUGAUGUUGAGCAUGAUCUUACACACGGCGAACAUGUCGAGGUCAACAUUUCUGACGACGGACCGCCACCCAACCAACAAAAGAAGAUUGUCAUCCCUGCCAUUAUCAUCAUCCCCAUCUGGAUGGCCUGCUCAAUCAGUGUCAUUUUAUAUAACAAAUAUGUCUUUUCUGGAUUAAAUUUCGAAUACCCCACUUUCCUUACUACGUGGCAUCUCAUCUUCUCUACAAUCGCGACAAGGGUUUUGCAACGUACUACCACAUUGGUUGAUGGUGCCAAGGACAUUGAGAUGACCCGCCAACAAUGGAUGCGAACCAUCCUCCCCAUCGGUGCCCUCUUUUCCGGCUCGCUCAUCCUGUCCAACUAUGCCUACCUCACUCUGAGCGUCUCUUUUAUCCAGAUGCUCAAGGCUUUUAACCCUGUGGCUAUCCUCUUGAUUUCUUUUGCGUUCAAGAUCCAGGAGCCGAGUGGGAGGCUGAUUGUCAUUGUUUUGCUUAUUUCUUGCGGCUGUUUCCUCGCCGCCUAUGGUGAAGUUCAGUUUGAGCUCUUUGGCUUCCUCUGCCAAUGCGCUGCUCUCGCCUUCGAAGCUUCCCGUCUCGUCAUGAUCCAGAUUCUUCUCCACGGUAUGAAGAUGGACCCGCUCGUUUCGCUGCAUUACUACGCCCCUGUGUGUGCCGUGAUUAACGCUUGUAUUAUCCCCUUUACGGACGGGAUGGCACCGAUUUGGAAUCUGCACAAGGUCGGGAUUUUGGUGUUGUUUACCAAUGCGGGGAUUGCUUUUGCUUUGAACGUGGCAGCAGUAUUCCUCAUCUCCGUCGGCUCAGGUCUCAUCCUCACUCUUGCCGGUGUAUUGAAAGAUAUCCUCCUCAUCUCAGGCUCGGUGCUGGCAUUCGGAUCGCCCAUCACGGGAAUGCAGGUGUUUGGGUAUUCUAUCAGUUUGAGCGGGUUGAUCUUGUUCAAGACUACUGGGGGCAAGUAAAAGAAGCGCAAAGCAAGGAAUGGAAAGAAAAUGCAGCAAAGUGCACGGGUCGGGUCGAGAGAGUUGAAGAACGGGGGGAAAAAGCAAGUCAUGCGGGACAUGUGUCGGUGGUGGUUUUACAUAGAGGCCGGAAGGCGAAGAUUAUCGGGUGUUAUAGCUAGAAAAGUUCCUCUGCUUGUUUGUUUGUUUUUGUUCUUUUCUCUUUUCCCUUUCCUUUUUUUCCUCUUUAUCUGAUAGUUGCAAGCAUUGUGAUUCUGCGUAUAGAUGCA